AUGUCUUACGACUGGGAGGUUGUUGGCAAACAGAAAAAACCUCGUAAACAGACGGGUGGCGACAAAAACUCUCAAUCCCAGAAUGGAUCGGAGAACGCUCCAAAAAUAGAAGAUGCCGUUAACAUGGACGAAAUUUGUUCGCUGUACGCUGAUGUGAAGGACGAGCUGCUGGCAAAAUUGUACGGGUUCAAGGAUGCGACCGAAAAGAUCGACCCGAAGAAAAGUGUCAUUGGAACCGGCAAUCGAACGGCGACACCUGUGCGUAAUCAACAGUCGAACAACAACAAAAACAAAUUGAAGGAAAGUGAAACAACUAAACAGCCUGCUAGACGAAAAAAGUUUACAUCCUUGGAUGCGGCCAUCCUUGCCAUCAAUGAGCCCGAUUUGGCCACCCAGCUUGCGAUUAUAAGCAUAAACUACGAAGAAAAUCAUUUGAUGCUGCUAGAGGCGGUAGCUAAGUUACUCACAGAUCAGCUAUCUGUCUUUGUUCCGGAUCCGUUUUUCAUGCACAAGCCGGUGGGAUAUCCGUACAAAUCUUUGCCCGGAAAAGUGCGCGCUGUCAUUGACAAGUGCAUUAGCAAAACGAAAGAGGAAAUUGUGAAAUAUUUCUACGACAAUGCUCUUUCUGAUAUGGCAAAUGAAAUGUGCAAAAGCAAGCACAACUCCGGCAUUGGGUAUAGUUUGUUACUACAGGCAAUAGCGUUACACUACCCAAAGGCCUGCAUAAAUAAUCUGGCUCGCAACGCCAUCCUGCUCGACAGACAUCAUAGAUAUAACCCUUCUGUUGGGGCCAGCAUACUGUGGACGCUGGGACAAGGCGGUUACAAAGACUUGGACGUAGGGUUGAAAGUGUGGCAAGAUAUCAUGAUUCCAAUGAUGGAGGAAGGCAGCUAUAGAACGUUUUUUACUAAAUACGUUCUGGAAAUCCUUAAAAUCCAUCAAUCCUAUCGACUCGUUUUAGGAGGCAGCGAGUUCCUCACGAUCUUAAGCUCGUUAACGACGCUACCGGGGUCGGUGCUAAGGAAACCAUGUCCGGAACUGGACGAAGCGGCCGAACUGCUGGUGCAGCGCUAUGUGUUCAGCUCACGAAAGGCGUCCGCUACUUUUGCAAUGCUGUUCAAGAACAUCUCCUUCAUCACGCACCCAACGAUAAUAUAUUACGGCCUUGCAUUGUGCCUCUUGGAGGACCCGGAAAGUUGUUCCAUGUGGCUGAAAUUAUAUCGUCAGAACAUGGACACUUCUCGAGCAAUACUAAAUUAUCUUAAUUUUUCAACCCAUGAAUACUGUAGCAAAUUGUUAAGAGAGGUUCACUUCCAGAAGUUUUUAUUGGAAGUCGACGAGAUAAAUCAAGAGCUUUCGCGGUCGGAGAAAAUAACUGAAGGACUGGUAUUGACUACAGAUUUACUAAAGGAACUCCAGGGCAAGGGGAAGAAGAAGCAAUCGUCGAAGGCCAAUAGUAAAGCGUCCUCGUCGGUGACGUCCGUCCUGUGCAGCUUCCUGUUGGCCACAUUCCUGCUGUUCGGACUAACGGGAGCCCUCGUCGGAUAUGACACGUACCGGGCCGGGGGCAAGUUCGAGGCCUCGUUCACCGGACAGACGCUGAAGCAGGCAGGACUGCUGCCGGCGGUACAGGAUGCGUGGACCUGCUCGAUGAAAUACAGCGCCCGUGGCUAUAAGUGGGCCGAAGCCAACGUACCGGUGUAUUAUCAGGCCGCGAGCAAGGCACUCGGACCAUACGUAGAAUUUUCGAUAGAUUUUAGCAAAGUUCUCUGGAAUGGUACCAAGAAGGGCUUCGCCAACGCGAAACUGCUGGUUGAACAGAAGCUGCCAGUGGUGGCCGAAUUUGUCGAACAGUAUGCGCCAGGACUACCGAAGAAAAUCGGCGAAGCCAGCUGCUCAUUCUGUGACACCGUGUGCACUUUCGCGUCCAAUGCGUACAAGCAUACGUACGAGUUCUUCAAGACACAGGUGUUUGUUGGGAAACUUUCCAUGGAAAGCUUGGGGAAAGCCUUCAACAGUACCCAACAGGUUGCUGCUCAGUACUAUAGCUGGUUUAACGAUCAGGUGGACUUCUACGCCAAACUCAAGUAGAACGAGUGUCCCACCAUCAGUAGCAGCAGCAGGGUCUCUUAUUAAAAUUUCCGCGACCAUCUAUUCGACGAGAGAAAGAGCGAUUGCUGCGUUUUGUCGUCGAACCCUUGCGGAUAUAGCUCACCCAGCAGUCGAUCGAUCGUAGUUUGAUCGGUCAUACGGCGUUACGUUACCAUCAUUCAUCAAUGCAAUGCCGUAAUUCGUGGAAGGGUAGAAGAGAUCUUAGUUUGUGAGAUGAGAAGGCAGGAAAAGAGAGGAGGGUGUGGGCGACAGAGUUAGGAAAAUGGAAAAUGAACCUUUGUUUCUAGCAAUAAGAAUGGAGUUGAGAAAGAAAUGAAAGUAGAGUGUAUCGUGCAACACUGUAGAAAACGAGAAAAGUCAUACGAUCACCAAGAGAUGAGGCUGACCGCAUUAAGUAACCGUGUGGGGGUAGGGAAACCAAAAUCUGAACCUACUCCAUUGGUAGUGUAACAUCCUAAAACCGCUACCGCAACAGGGUGCGGUGCUCUGUUUUUGGGCAUUCGAUUGGACCUUUUUGUUUGUAGGAAACUGUUUUUGCGUGUUGAUAUUGAGAGUUGAUGUUUGUCAGUCAUCUCCUUCUGUCCCGUUGUGUGUUGUGCGAUUGUUUAGUGCUACAUUUGACCACAAAAUCCGGGGAUUAUUUGGAGCCGAACGUAAUAUAAAUGUGAAUUUGUAAAACAAAACCUUACCACAGCCCUGAGUUAAAUGGUAAUGUGAUCCAUUAUCUCAACCACCAUAUUGCUAAGGUGCAGGAAAGCAAACUAUAAUUCAACAUCAGAUUCAAAAGCAAAGGAAGCAUCAAGAGUGGAAUUGCAAGGUGAAAAAUUUAUGGUAGAACAUCAAAUUCCAGGUGCGUAUUCUUUUUUGAGAUCAUACUUGUUUCUAAUUUAAGAUCAAUGACCAAACGAGGUCAAUAAUGUGCAAAUUGGAUUUGGAAAGACCACUAUUCCAGUUCAUACUUUAUACAAUCCCUAUUGUGAAAAAAUAUAAAUUAUCCCAUUAGCCGUACAACAGACCAUUAACAAACCAUUACAAUUUCAACCCACGGGACAGUGCGAGAAAUAGAUAAAGGAAGAAAAGAAGAGAAAGAGAGAGAAGAAAAGAGACACUAAAUAACAAUACGAUCUUGAAAUCGAAAUGUAGGUUUAUUCCAGUUGCUGACUAUCGAACGGAUGCAUUUUCAUUUUGAAUCUUUCACACCCUUUGUUUUAAAUUAUCGGAAGCUUAUUACGCUACUAGAAACCCGUAAGGACAUAUUAAGUGAGAAACAUUCUGUAACAUUUUGUUUGAGAUUUGUCGCAGCAAGAAGAAAUUGUAGCAACAUUCUGUGGUGUUUUUUAUCUGUUCAUUUCGGAUGCUAGCGGCGCGACGCAAUGGUACGCAAGUUAUAUUAACAAAUAUGUGUUGUGUAUGGUGUGCAAACCGUAACGUGGAAAAGAAUAAUAUCGAAAGUUCGAAUAAAAGAUGCAUGAAAAUGAAUGAGUUCAA